AUGGGAGAAGAUGGUACAAUGAAGUGUCCUUGUAAACGUUGUAGGAAUUUGAAUUGGUUAAGUAUCGACGAUGUUAGAUUCCAUUUACUUGCUAAGGGGAUGCUUGAGGGUUAUACCGUUUGGACAUCACAUGGUGAAGAAAGAGGAAGAAAACGUAGUCGAACAUCGCAUAAUCGUUAUUGUGUUCGGGAACCUACGAGGGUAGAACAACCGGUAGAUUUGAAUGCGAUGCUACAUGAUUUUGCCGGUGAAAAUUCCGAAUUUUAUAACAACGUGGAUACGGGAACUAGGAAUGUAGAAGAAGUUCCAAAUGAUAGUGCAAGAAAAUUGUAUGAGGUGAUUGUUGAAAAUGGAGCACCUAUUUAUCCCGGUAAUACGAAGUAUACAAGAUUAAGCUUUACCACAAAAUUAUUAGAAUUCAAGAAUAUCUCACAUUGUAGUAAUAAGGCUUUUGAUAGUUUGCUUACACUUUUUGCGGAUGUAUUACCAAAAAAACACACGUUGCCCCAAACUUAUUAUGAAAUGAAGAAGAUAAUGAAGGGUUUGAGGGUUGAAUAUCAAAAGAUUGAUUUAUGUGAGAAUGAUUGUAUGUUAUUUUAUGGAGAUGACAAGGAUAAAGUUGUGUGUGAUAUAUGUGGUAAAGAUCGUUAUCGGGAUGUUUUGAGGAAAGAUGGUAAAAAAAUACCAAAAAAAAUAUUGAGACAUUUUCCUUUGAUUCCUCGACUACAACGCUUGUAUAUGUCAAAACAUACAUCCGACCAUAUGAGAUGGUACAAGAAUCGAGAUGUCAAAGAUGGAGAAAUUAGUCAUCCCGCGGACGGAGAAGAGUGGAAAAAUUUUGAUCGUCGAUAUCCAUCAUUUGCUCAAGAAAUUCGUAAUAUAAGGCUUGGCCUUGCAACCGACGGUUUCAACCCAUUUGGCCCUACCGGGAAAAAAACAUAUAGUGUGUGGCCCAUAGUAGUAGUUGUCUACAAUCUUCCGCCAUCAAUGUGUAUGAAAAAACCCUAUAUGUUUAUGACCGAUAUAGUGCCGGGUCCGAAUAGCAUUGGCAAAGAUAUUAACGUUUGUCUAAGGCCUCUCAUUGAUGAAUUGAAGAUAUUGUGGAAUACAGGAAUUGAAACAUAUGAUCAAUCUUCGAAACAAAAUUUUACAAUGAGAGCGGCUCUUAUGUGGACAAUUAGUGAUUAUCCCGCUAUGAGUAUGAUAAGUGGAUGGUCGGGUAAAGGAAAAUUAGGGUGUCAAGUGUGUCUUGGAAGUGUGCAAGGGUUUCAAUUAAAACAUUGUGGUAAAUGUAGUUUCUAUGGCACGAACCGAAUAUUCCUUGAACCGAAUGAUCCACUACGUCGGAAAAGUAAUUUGUUUGAUAAUGCGGAAAGAAGAGUGUUUCGUGGUCGUUUGUCCGGGGAGGGUGUAAAGGAGUUGCUUGACGGUUUAGUUUUUCCACUACCCGGAAAGACUAAUACAAAGGCGAGGAGUAUCGGAUAUGGGGAAGAGCAUCAUUGGACUCAUGUUCCAAUUUUUUAUGAACUCCCUUAUUGGUCUUCACAUAGUUUACGUUAUUCAAUUGAUAUCAUGCAUACGGAAAAAAAUGUUUUUGAGAACCUAUUUUUUAUUAUUGUGAAUGCGAAAAAGUCAAAGGAUCACAAAAAAGCAAGAGCGGAUUGCAAGCACUUUGGUGUGUUACCUCAUUUGUGGAUCGAUGAAAAUGGCAAGUCACCCAAAGCACCUUUUUCCAUUACAAGAAAACAACGUAAACUUUUGUGUGAAUGGAUUAGUUCACUGAAACUUCCAGACGGUUAUUCCUCAAAUAUAUCUCGUUGUUGUAAUGUUGAGGAGUGUACAUUUUAUGGAUUCAAAUCGCAUGAUUGUCAUAUAUUUCUUCAAAAAUUAUUGCCUCUUGCAAUUCGUGAGCUUUUACCGGCGCCUAUUGCGGAUGCCAUCACGGCAAUUGCAAAUUUUUUUCAAGAUUUGUGCUCAUCCACGGUUACAAAAACCGAUUUGGAAAUAAUGGAAAAAUCAGUUGUGAAGGCAUUAUGUUUGUUGGAAACAAUUUUUCCUCAAAGUUGGUUUGAUUCGAUGGAACACUUGGUUGUGCAUUUGGCGGAAGAAAUUAGACUUGCUGGACCUGCUUACUGGCAUUGGAUGUAUCCAAUUGAGCGUUUAUUGGGGAAACUAAAACAAAAAGUCGGCAAUAAAGCAAGAGUUGAGGGUUCCAUUGCCGAACGAUAUAUGGAGGAGGAGAUUGUCAAUAUUUGUGCUUUUUACUUUGCAUCCGACUCGAUUCACAAUAAAUUAAGUCGUAACGAAGUUUUGUUUGAUGUACAAAAGACCGACAAAUUAGAAGUUUUUAAAUAUCCAUUUCAACCUUAUCUAAGGAGGUACCAAGAUCGAGUUAUGAGACAACGUCCUGAGACAACACCACAACAAUUAGAUCAUAUUGUGAAAACUCGAUUCAAAGCUUGGUUUAAGAAAAAGGUUGAGAAAGACGAGAUAGACGGACCUCGUUUCAUGGACUUGCUAGAAGGACCGGCAUUAAAGGGGCUCUUUGGUUGGGUGAUGAUUAUCGUCAUGAUUUCAAUGACGAUAUAUAUCAUGGCAAGAAAAAGGAAAGCAACGGACAAGGACACCGACAAAGGCAAGGGAAAGAGUGUCGGUAGUAGUACAAACAAAAGGCGCGCGAAGGGAAAAGGCAAGGGGAAAGAAAAGACGGUGUUGCGUGACGAGCCAACGGAUUCGGAUACCGAAUCGGACCAAAACCCAAGGGAGGCGGAGGCGGAGGCGGAGGAGGAACCGGUGAGAAGAGUGAGGAUGCCACGGUCACAUUCAUGCGGCAUUUUUGGAGCUAAGAUACCAACAAGACCUCGACGGAUCAAUAUCUCCGAUGGACAGUAA